GGCGGGAUCGCGCGCGCCCCCAGCCCCCCUCCCCACCCGGGAUGCCCGGCUGAGCCGGCCGGGCCGGGACAGGUGCGCGCACCGACCCCCCCAUCCGCGCCCUCCCGCCCUCGCGCUCCCUCCCGCGCACUCGCGGCUGCCGCGGCUUCGAGGUGUCACCUCUCGUCGCCCCGACCUCGCCAUGCGGACCCCGCGAGUGCCCCCUCCCCUCCCGGCCCUACUGCUCCUGCUGCUGCUAUUGGGGGGCGCCCACGGACUCUUCCCUGAGGAGCCGCCGCCGCUCAGCGUGGCCCCCAGGGACUACCUGAACCACUAUCCCGUGUUCGUGGGAAACGGGCCAGGACGCCUGACCCCCUCAGAGGGCGCUGAGGACCUCAACAUCCAGCGAGUCCUGCGGGUCAACAGGACGCUGUUCAUUGGGGACAGGGACAACCUGUACCGGAUAGAGCUGGAGCCGUUCACCUCCACGGAGCUGCGGUACCAGCGGAAGCUGACCUGGCGCUCCAACCCCAGCGACAUCAACGUGUGUCGGAUGAAGGGCAAGCAGGAGGGCGAGUGUCGAAACUUUGUAAAGGUGCUGCUACUUCGGGAUGAAUCCACCCUCUUUGUGUGCGGUUCCAAUGCCUUCAACCCUGUGUGCGCCAACUACAGUAUAGACACACUGCAGCCGCUCGGGGACAACAUCAGUGGCAUGGCCCGCUGCCCGUAUGAUCCUAAACACGCCAACAUUGCCCUCUUCUCUGAAGGAAUGCUCUUCACAGCCACUGUCACCGACUUCCUAGCCAUUGACGCCGUCAUCUAUCGCAGCCUUGGAAACCGGCCCACUCUGCGCACCGUGAAACACGACUCCAAGUGGUUCAAAGAGCCCUACUUUGUGCAUGCAGUGGAGUGGGACAGCCACAUCUACUUCUUCUUCCGGGAGAUUGCAAUGGAGUUUAACUACCUGGAGAAGGUGGUGGUGUCCCGUGUGGCACGAGUGUGCAAGAAUGACGUGGGGGGCUCCCCUCGCGUGCUGGAGAAGCAGUGGACGUCCUUCCUGAAGGCGCGGCUCAACUGCUCUGUGCCCGGGGACUCCCAUUUCUACUUCAAUGUGCUGCAGGCCGUCACGGGCGUGGUCAGCCUGGGGGGCCGGCCCGUGGUCCUGGCCGUUUUCUCUACCCCCAGCAACAGCAUCCCUGGCUCGGCAGUCUGCGCCUUUGACAUGACACAGGUGGCUGCCGUCUUUGAAGGCCGCUUCCGCGAGCAGAAGUCCCCUGAGUCCAUCUGGACGCCUGUGCCAGAGGAUCAGGUGCCAAGGCCCCGGCCUGGGUGCUGCGCAGCUCCUGGCAUGCAGUACAACGCCUCUAGCGCCUUCCCUGACGAGAUCCUCAACUUUGUCAAGACCCAUCCCCUGAUGGACGAGGCGGUGCCCUCUCUGGGCCAUGCGCCCUGGAUAGUACGGACUCUGACACGGCACCAGCUGACACGAGUGGCUGUGGACGUGGGCGCCGGCCCCUGGGGCAACCAGACCAUCGUCUUCCUGGGCUCUGAGGCGGGCACGGUCCUCAAGUUUCUCAUCUGGCCCAACGCCAGUGCCUUAGGCACCAGCGGACCCAGUGUCUUUCUGGAGGAAUUUGAGACCUUCCGGCCAGACAGGUGUGGACGGCCAGGUGGAGGCGAGACAGGGCAGCGGCUGCUAAGCCUGGAGCUGGACGUGGCCUCAGGAGGCCUGCUGGCAGCCUUCCCCCGCUGUGUGGUCCGCGUGCCCGUAGCCCGCUGCCAGCAGUACUCGGGCUGCAUGAAGAACUGCAUUGGCAGUCAGGACCCCUACUGCGGGUGGGCCCCCGACGGUUCCUGCAUCUUCCUCAGCCCAGGCACCAGGGCCACCUUUGAGCAGGACGUGUCCGGGGCCAGCACCUCAGCCUUAGGGGACUGCACAGGACUCCUGCGGGCCAGCCUCUCAGAGGAGCGCGCUGGGCUGGUGUCGGUGAACCUGCUGGUGACGUCGUCAGUGGCGGCCUUCGUCGUGGGCGCUGUGGUGUCUGGCUUCAGCGUGGGCUGGUACGUGGGCCUCCGCGAGCGCCGCGAGCUGGCCCGCCGCAAGGACAAGGAGGCCAUCCUGGCCCACGGGGGCGGCGAGGCCGUGCUGAGCGUGAGCCGGCUGGGCGAGCGCCGGGGGGCCGGCCCUGGGGGCCGGGGCGCAGGCGGUGGUGGAGCUGGGGGACCCCCUGAGGCCCUGUUGGCCCCCCUGAUGCAGAAUGGGUGGGCCAAGGCCACGCUGCUACAGGGUGGCCCCCAUGACCUGGACUCGGGGCUGUUGCCCACGCCCGAGCAGACGCCACUGCCCCAGAAGCGCCUGCCCACCCCGCACCCCCAUGCCCUGGGCCCCCGAGCCUGGGAGCACGGCCACCCCCUGCUGCCGGCCUCAGCCUCCUCCUCCCUGCUCUUGCUGGCCCCCUCCCGGGCCCCUGAGCAGCCCCCGGUGCCUGGCCGGGCCUCCCAUGGCGACUUCCCGCUCACCCCCCACGCCAGCCCGGAUCGCCGGCGGGUGGUGUCGGCACCCACCGGCCCCUUGGACCCAACUUCAGCCUCCGACAGCCUCCCUCGGCCUUGGAGCCCGCCACCCACAGGCAGCCUCCGGAGGCCAGGCCCCCACGCCCCAGCAGCAGUCACCCUGCGCCGCACGCACACGUUCAACAGCGGCGAGGGCAGGCCAGGUGACCGUCACCGCGGCCGCCACGCUCGGCCCAGCACAGACUUGGCCCACCUCCUCUCCUAUGGGGGGACGGACAGGACUGCGCCCCCCGUGCCCUAGACCGGGGCUCCCCGACGCCUCGGUGGUGCCAGCCAUGGGAACCAGGAGCGAGAGACCCGGCCGAGCUCCGAGUGGGUGCUCAAGAACCCCCACCCCAGUGUGGGGGUGCCCCUCCGCCACAGGGAAGCACAACGGGCUCAGCCCCCCUCCCCGACUGGGGCCAUGGGACGUGAGGCGGUUUGGGGGGGAAAGAAGGAUGUGCUAUGGGUUUGAGGUUAACCUGCGUGGGUUUGGGUUUGUUUCCAAUUUGCAUUUCUUUUGCAGUUUUCUACCCAAUUGCACAACUCCAUUCUCGGGGUGGCGGCCAGGGGCUUGGAGGUGGCGGGCUGGGGAGGGGGCCACAGCUGCAGACCCAAGCCCUCCCCCAAGGUCCCUCCUUGACCCAGGCUCCUGGCGUGUGUGAGUGUGUAUGUGUGUGUGUGUGUGUGUGUGUGUGCAUGCCGUGUUCGUGUGCAAGGGGCCGGGAGGGAGGUGUGCGUGUGUAUGCCCGCCAGGCUGCUGCUGGCGUGUGCGUGGGGACGGGCCACGCGUGCAGGGUGCGUGUCUGUGUGAGCACGGUGGCCCCAGUGGCCUGGGCGUUGGCUGAGCCAAGGCAGGGGCUUCCAGAGGGCCGGGGGGGGGCCUCCACGGUGCUGGUUAGGAAUUUGAGGGGAGACAGAGGGGGUUUCAGACAGGGGGGCUGGGAGGGCCUGCCCAGAAGUUGUAUUGGCAGUAGCUGCGUAAAGGGCUGGGGGUGCCGAAGGAGGUUGGGCCCCCCUGUAAAUAUGGCCCCAGGGUGGUCAGAGGGUCGGUCCCAAGCCACCCAUCUCCUUGUGAUCUCCCCCUCGACCUCAAGCUGACCAUGCAUGCCAGCUGAGUGGCCAGCUGAGACCUGGACCCUCUCUGGAGUUUGCCUCCCCAACCCCCUCCCCAUCAAUAAAACUGUUUACAACCA